AAGUCUGGAUUUUAAACAAGGGCUUACCAUGCAGCAGAAGCUGACUCGGCUCUGGCCCCCUUGAAGGAGGGGCCGGAGACAAACGCGCCAAAUGCCGAAGACAGGAAGCCCCGGCAUCCUGCGUUUGAAACUUGAUAUUGCUUGCUGGUCUCAGAGAUAUCGCGGUCCUCUCUGUCCAGAUCUCCAAGUCAAGUCUGGAACGACUGGAAACCGGUUGGAUUUUCGCGAGCAGUAUUUAAUACCUACUUGAUCGCAAACCUCUUUAUGUUUUAUGAACAAUUAGUCGGAUAUCUCGAACUCGACUUUUGAGAUUUGGUAACGGGUCACAUUGAGUUCACCAAAAAAUCAGCACACUUUGAUCCCAUCAGGAACCAAACUCAAUAUCAGAACCUAAACUUUCCACGUGGCCUUUGCCAAAUAACAACACACCCGCAUAAACCAGCCGCCAACCCUCUGGCAAUGUGGGACGAAAACCCCUGCCUGAUCGAGGAGCCACUGCCCGGAACUCUAGAUGACGCGCGCACGCCGCUAGUGCUGGUGCACGACGGCGGCGGCACCGUCUUCAACUACCACUGCAUCGACCCGCCGCUGGGCCGGCGCGUGCUGGGCAUCGCCAAUCCAAACUUCCACACCGGCCGGUCCUGGCUCCCCGGCGGAAUCCCCGAGAUGGCCCGCCACUACGUCCGGCUGCUGCGGGGCGCCUUUGACGACGGCGCCGUCACCGCCAAGAAGGGCAGGAGGAUCAUCCUGGGCGGCUGGAGCCUGGGCGGCCUGCUCGCGCUCGAGAUGGCCAAGGUUCUGCGCGGAGACCGCGCCCUCAGGGUCGUGGGCCUGAUCAUGAUCGACAGCGUGUGCCCGCUGACGUGGGUGCAGCCGUCGGGCCGCCGCGACAUGCUCCCCAUCCAAGCCGUGGCGUCGCAGCAUCUCUUCUCGGAGCGGACCAAGCAGGAGACGCGGGACAAGGUGUCGAGAUGCUUUGCCGAGGCGUCCGAGAUGGUCGGAACGUGGGAGAUGCCGACCUGGGAGGACCACAGCCCCCCGCCGCCCGCCGUACUCCUGAGGGCCGUCGACCCCGUCCCGGUGGAUGGUGGCGGCCUUGCGCGCGUGGAUCUGGCGCGGCCGCAUCCGAAUUUGGAGUGGGAUCGGUACAGGAAGAACAUGUUCCUGAGGGUGGUCGACAUACCGGGCCAUCACUUCAACGUCUUUUCCAUGAUAAAUGUUGAGCAUCUGUCUGCCGCUGUGAGGGAGGCCUGCGAAACUUUGGAGGCCAUGCCCCUCCCAUAAUCAACAGCACCUUGUCACGAGGGAACUUUUUUUUGUAAUGAAUACACCAUAGAACAACGGUCUUUUUUUCAGCAUAGAUCUGGAUAUUACCCGAGUUUUAUAUACUCCUAAACAUAGAAUAGAGUAAAGAAGGGCUUGUUAGGCCAGGUAUCAAAGUUCAUAACGGAUCAUAAGACAUAAUCGUCGUCGUCGUCACCAACACCAGAAAAGUAUCAGCCAACGUGAGAAAAAGCACAAUACAAAAAACAUAACCACAGAAAACCG